AUGCCAGCAGCGGUUCCGAGGGAUCCAAACAAUCACGAACAUCACCCAGUAUUUGCAGAGGAUGAUCCUCCAUCUAGUGCACAAGAAAGAGCUGAUGACUAUAAGAUAUUGCUCCGUGCUCCAGAGGGAUCUUUCCAACCAGAUCUGCCUACAGCCGAGUCUGGUGACCUCCAACGUGAUGGCUUCCAGUUCGGCUUCAAUGAGGGGGCAUCGAAGAGGGUUAAGCAUGACAGUAUUGAUGAUGACGAUCAGCCACCGCAAUUGAACCAUGAUCCACCUCCAGCGUCUUCGCAGCUUGAUCUACAACAACGGUUCAUAUACAUCAACAAGGACAUGGAUGUAAGCGAUGAGGAUAGCGAUAGGGACCCUGUUCGUGGAAGAGGAUUAGCUCCGUUGCCAACGUCGGAUACGAAACAGAAAGCUGAUAGUAUCAGUCCAGUGCUACCCCCUGUAGGGACAUCUGCUGGUGUUGCGUCGAACAAGAAUGACAGCGCGGUGGGUGUUAAGCAUGACGAAGAAAUGUGUGGAGCUGGAAUCAUCAGAUACGAGGACACACCUUUUGUUCUGAUCCGACAGCAGCCAGACGACGUCGUUACAACUGAACGGUCAUCUACAGAUACCAUCAGCGCCCUAGUCUCUCGAGAAAACCCUCAGGAGUCCGCAAAGCACUCGUCGUUCGAGCCUGAAGACAGACCAUCCCCUUAUGGGAACUCGCCAAUCCCCUCACAACGCAGGGCCAAUGAGCUUCCAAGCGCAGAGCGACAAAUCGGAUAUGGGAAUCGCGCUUCUUAUGUUGAAUCACCUACACUUGGUCUUCUUGAUAGUACCUUUCGUACUGGCAAAGUUCGACGUAUAGCCUCGUUCGAGGCUGAGGUAGUUACUACGCGUGAUGCAACACCGACCUCAGAUGCAUCUUUUGAUGUCAAAGAUGAACAGAUGACGUCGAAGGUUGAGAAGGCAGAUGCAGAACGUGCUUUUAGUCCCGUGUGGUUUGCCAAGAAUGGUUUGCAGCUGCCCAACACAAACACACGGAGUCUCGGGGAUGCAGACGAAAGGGCGCAAGUCCGUGCAACGACAUUUGCACAGGAACGAGACGAAAACGCAAGGAGUCUACCAAACCCCAGCUCAGAGGCCAUCGGCGAGAUUGCAGCCCCAGCCCAGCAACAAAUAUGGGGACAUGGGGUGACUUCGCUUAGCGACACCCUUGCGGGGGCCAAUGCUGCAGCUGCUGACAGCGACACCUCGACGCGCCGCGUCUCUACGCCGCCUUCUCAAGGCGUCGACGCCGUUGAAGAACAUUCCGCAUCUGCUUCAGUUGAUAUAUCAUGGGACCACAGAUAUCCCACCACUGAACCGCGCGUUGUUACAGGCGACUCUGAUAAGAUGAGGGAUGAAAGGGACUGCGUAACGCCCGUCGCGCAGGUUCCGCGCAUCACCCAGAAUAGCACCGAGACACCCAAGGCUGAAGAACUGCACAACGAGAAUUCUCAUCCCGCCAUGUCGAAUGGCUACUUCCAUGGUCAGGCUAAUUUUCCGGACUUCAAACACCAAGCACAGCAACUGCAGGUCUCAAACAAUACUACAAUAGCUCCAGAGCGAUCAAGGUCUAUGCUCUCGCAAAUAUCAGCCAUGGUGUCCGACGACGGGAACAAUCCAUAUUCUCAGACAUCUACCGGAAGAUCUACUCCGUCUACUAUUCGUCGCAUGCAGCCGGAUUCUACCAUGAAGCCUUCAGCGGCUCCACCACAGAUCCCUGAGGAGGUUCUGACGUCGUAUGGCGGAGACGAUGACUUUGAUCUUUAUGCAGACCACAACGGAAUCGUCAAGGAUGUGCAAGACACGAGUGGCCGACCUUUGCGACUUGCAGAUCUCCAGGUACCAGGAGCAACUCCGCAAUCACAGCCAUCAAGACCUUCAACCUCCGACACUGGGACUGCACCAGCAGCUCGUGAUGGAGACCGACCAAGAUAUAGCUUUGAAAGGCCAAUGAGUUUCAUCUCAGGACCUGAAGACCAGGAUGGCAAACCUCAAGAUCAGAUCAACCAGGCCGCAUCUUCAAAUGCAAUGCAGGUGCCUCCAAUUCCUGAGCAGCAUCGAUAUCAACCGCAGCAGUCACGACAGACGGAGACAGUGUACUCAAUGAAUCCACCAGCAAGCAUGAUUCCGCCAUCCGAUCAUAUCGCAUCACGGUACCAACCAAUGCCUGCAUCAGGCCCAAGUCCGUCGAAGAACAUUUUUCAGGCUGUCAAGUCAAUCGAUCCUAGUAACAAGAUGACCCAGGCGACUAUCGGCUCUUGGCGUCCUUCAGGUGAACCAGUUUCCCAACAAGUACUUUCCGAGAAUCCUAAUGUCAGCCAUCAACCACCACAGACUAGUCAACCUCCGGAUCGUGUAUUGCAUGAGCCGCAAGGGAGACAGAUGGUUUUAGGGCAGUCGGUUCCGCAGAGCAACCUGGAUCGCCCACAGGAGCAGACGGAAUACCACGAGGCUCAGACACAUACUCAGGCCAAUGGACCAAGGAAUCAAUUUGAACUUCAUCAACAAAUGGUGCAGCGGCAAGCGCAAUACCCUCAAGAACACGAUGCGGAGUUUCGCCCGCCUGCUACUUCUUCGCAUUCGUCCGCUGAACAAACACCAAGACAACAAGCGAAGCCAUCGUCGAAACCUAGACUUUCAUCAAUGUUCAAGAGCCUUGGCGGGAAAGCUCAACCAAAUCCUCAGCUUCCGUCAAGCGCUGGCAACACAGUCAUCCACUCAGAUUCCAAGCCACUGCCGCCGAAUCCUAACUAUGGUGGUCCGGUCCAAUCUGUAAGGGAUAGAUUUACGCGCUCGAGAGAGGCGUCCGCAGAGAGGCUCGUCGAACAGCCAAGGUCUUUCGUGCCACCUAACCGUCCAAGUAUGGGUCAACGACCGCAGUUUAUUCAGACCCCAUUAACAACACCUUCGACUGGCUCGAAUUCUGAUCCAAGGGAGCCCAUAAUAUCUGCAUCCCCGAAUGGUUUUCCAUCCCAGCAGCCACCGUCAAUGCCCAACACUCAGGUUCAACCUCAUCAAGUGCCCCAAUCAGGAACACCAGAAAAGGGUAAGAAAAAGAGGUUUUCUGCAUUUGGAGCUUUGUUCAAUCGAGGUGCGAGCGGUGAUGGAUCGGCCACGAAAUACAAGCUGUCGAAAGAAGGGAAAAGGGCACAAAAGACCCAACAAAACACCGCUGUCCCUAUUGCUCAACCUCUUGCUUCUCAAUGGGUACCCCAACAGCAGCCAUACAAGCCACAGCAGUCCGGUCUGGCAUACUAUCCUCCUGGACAACUUCCGCCUCACACUGUGCAGAAUGGACCGCCCAUGGGUCUAAAGCUAGGGCCGUCUCAACCAGCACCGAACAUGCAUCUCCAAGGUCCACCUCAGCAAUACCAGCAAGCGCAACAAGGUCCACCGCAGCGGAAGUCGAUCUCUAGUACGCGUCCAGAGGAAGGCUCUGCAUUUCUCAAGACAAAGCAGCUAGCGAUGGAACACCAAGCUCGGCAGAGCAGUUUGCAGUCGCAUCAAGCUCAUAAUCCCAAUCCCGGAACUGUAGCACAGUCAUCCAGUACGUCGUCUGAAAACGAUCCUUCACAUAUGCGUGAUCCAAGUUCAGGACCCCCUCCUGGAGGGUAUUACAACCCUCAUACUGAGCAAGCUUCUGUCGAACGUGGAGCCUAUGCGGUUUCUUUAGCCGCACGACAAGAGGCAGAGCAGCGUCGACAUCAGGAGACACCUCAACAGGGAUCUUAUGUAGUACCACAGACUGAUCGACAACACGACAGGCAGCAAUCUGGGCACGGGCAGAAUGUUUACAGAGACACUCAAUAUGCGCAGCAUGGGCCAUCUUCAAGGCAAAUUGCCCACCAGGCCUGGCUAGCGCAACGUGAGCAACAUGCAUACGGACAUGACAGAUCAUGGCCGAAUGACGAUGCACGAGUCCAGCAACUACGCCAGCAACAGCAGGGCCAAAACAUGGAAUCCUGGCAAUCGGACGAUACCCGGCCUGUUCCCUACCACAACGCGUCCGAUCCAAGACCUCAUCAUCCUUCUCAGGAUGCUGUUCCUAUCACUCCGCCUGCCGUUUCUCCUAUGCAAGAACCUAGAUAUGAAGCACCUCCAAUACCUGCCGCGUAUCAUCCUGUAUCUGGGGCCUUCAUAUCGCCAAUUGAUCGACAGCAGCGGCCGUUGCUAGGUCAAUUUGAUCGUCGAGAUUCUGAACCCAGGAUGCAAGCAGUGUCACCGCAAAUAUCUGCACAGUCUCUGGCGCCUCACAACGGUCGAUCGCACUCAGAUGCAAGCACCAUGUCUCUUGUAUCGCCAAUAUCGAACUCACCAGCCUUACCUAAUUCCUCUCCAGCUCCUGGCGCACAGCGGUAUCAAAAGCCAAGGAUGAGCAGUAUUUCAGAAGUGCAUCAGCAAGACCGUCCAUGGCAUCUCAGCUUUCCAGAGGGUGCUACUGAACAAGAAAUUGUUCGAGCACGCCAAGGACAAUACAUGCAAGAGCGCUUCACCGCGCAGCAACAGCAACAAGCUGAGAGAGCUGCCGGGUCGCCGUCGCCUUGUGCGUCGCCCGAACAGACUACGCCAACGACUACGCCCCCACAUGCUCAAGCACAAGGCGGUGGUUUCAGAGAACUGCUACCCCGAAGCUCCUCACAACCCUAUACGGACUUGCAGGUUGCACAGUCUAGUCAUGAUCUGCAGCCCAUAGUCCGUCGUGAUGCGACUCCUGUACAGCCCACGCCGAUACAUCCUGGACAAUCUCCGCCACCCGCAGCAUACCCUCUGCCUAUGUCGCCUGACCCUAUGGUGCUUAGUAGCCCUGUGAAUCCUACCGCAAGUGGUUUGCCUCCACCUCCACCCCCGAAGGUCGCCCAUAGUCCUGUACGGCCUGGGUUUGGCAGUACCCAACCGUUCUCAUUCGAGGAGCAGCGACAGCACUUCCAUAACCCAUCGCCGCGAGGUGAUGGAUAUACUUCGCAACCAAGAACCGCGCCACAGUAUGAUGAGCAAGUACCAGACGAAGCUCCUCCAUUGUACGAUGGUCCCGGUGUGCCUAACGACGGAAUGAACAAGAGUCGUCCCGAAGCACUCCGGCCACCCAACAUCAUGACGGAUACGGAUUAUGAAUCACGCGGCAGACAAUCUGGAUCUCGACCACGUCAACCAUCGAUUGGUAUCCUACAGCAUCCACAACCCGCCUCGAUGGCUGCGUCACCCCAACGCACAUCACCGGACAUGGGCGCCGAGUCUCUGCGCCGCCAGCUCCUGCAGCAAGAGAACCUCGCACACAUGGAACGCGUCCAGCGCGAACAAGAGCAACGCGAAAGGCAAGAACGCGACAGGCAAGAACGUGAGGCUGCAAGGGCAAGAGCCAGAGAGCUUGAACGCAGCGCAUCUGGUGGUGGACAGGUCCCCAGCCUCAGGAGCGUCGGUGGUAGCACUACUGGGGGCCCUCCAGGCUGGGAGAGACGCGGAAGUCACAGCAGACCGGUAUUUGAGUUGCCUGCCGUCGAUGAUGACGAGCCCACUAUGAAGGCGACUAGCUACCCUGGACAGGAGUGGGUACCGCCCAUGUGGGAUGGCGACUGA